AUAAAAGUUUUUUGAACACCCGUCGAAGUCCUCCUUUUAAAAAACAAUGUCACUUGUUGCUUACGACGCCAGCACUGAUGAGGAGUCGGAUAAUGAGGAAGAGAAUAGCGGCACAACAGUGCAACUCCUGCAAAUUAAUCAUUCAACAACGAACAAAAAUAGCACAAGUAACCACAUAACAAAACCCUCGCAAUUAGCAACAAAUGGUCAUAUAAGCGACGACGAUGACGACUUUGAGCAGCAAGAAGUACCACUUCAUCAUCUGAAUCCUGGCCGACCAACACUUGCUCUCCCGAAGCCGAGAAUCGCACCAACGCCAGAUAAUGGUCUUGUUGAUUUCCAAGUAACAACCGAUUUCGCUAAAUUACCUACGCCGCGGAACAUAAGUGUGGAGAAAGUAAUAAUAGAAGAAGCCGAUGAUGAGUUUUUGCACAAAAAGGCCGUACCUCUUGCAGUUGGCUCAACAUUGGAAAAACCCCCACCACCACCUGCAAAGUCACGCGUAAAAAUAAGCAUUCCAUCGCUUAAGGAAUUCUCUGACGUCGACAAAGAGAAGGCAGAGAAAUUAAAGAACAGAGAAAUAAAACCUGGAAAAUCUAAAGGCUCUGGACUUCUCAGUAUAUUGCCUCAAGCUAAAUCUGAACGUGACUUCACAAAGAAGAACACCGAGGAAGCGAUCAAGCAAGACACCGGCCCUUCAGUAGCAGCCAAUUCAUCAUCCGCUAAUAACCCAUGUCCAGCCUUCGUACCGGAUACUGUAAAACAGCGUCGUUCUGCAUAUAGCACCGAAUUCGUCGAUGGCACCAGAAUUCCAUUGAAAAAGCCACAAACAAAAGCUGCAACAGUAACCAAUACUACAACUUCUUUGGUUAAUGCAAGCGAUAGCGACGAUGAUGAAAACAGCAGCGGAGACUUCUUUUCUUUGCAUAGUGAGGAAAAGCUUCCAGAGAUUAGCAAAAACGAAAUUAACGCGUUGGUUGCCAAACGGGCCGCCAAAAUGGUGGAGGCUAGCAAUAAGUUCUUUGUGGAGGCUCCUGAGCGUGAGGAACCCGAUACCACAAGCCUGGAAGAGUUGCAACUUGUGCAAAAACGCUACCACGAGCAAAAAUUAAAUGCCGAGGCCAUGGACGCACUUGUGGGUAAAAAUGCUAAGCGACGCCGCAAGGAGGCUCAAGAAAUGCAAGUCAUUGACAUCUCAGGCUCCGAAGUUCUACCCGAUCGUGAAGAAUGGAUGCGAACCGCCCUGGCCUCGUCAACAUCUUACCAACCCACAGGCGUGCUAACCGAUGAAGAGCCUGUAGCCGGCACAAGACGCAAACAUCAAAUCACAUACCUGGCACACAAGGCUAAGGCCAACGAAGCCGAACUGCAGGCCAUGUGGUCGGCUAACCGACAGACGCGUCGUGCAACGCAAAGCAAAUACGGCUUUUAAUUAUAUAUUUAAUUGUAUUUACACUUAGAAUAAAUAUUUACUUAUGUUAAUAUUUAAGAAUA